CUAGCAGACGCGUUCAGGCGAGCUUUACUGUUCUUCUCAUAUUCCUCUCAUAUAGUGAACACACACUCUUUAUCACAUUAUUGUCGCGUGCCUUUUUGUCCUCGUGGAAUAUUUCAAUAUUGGGAACUGCGUCUGAACUUACACGAUAAAUUAACGCCGAAAAACUUGUUGCAGAGGUGUUGAAUACCUCAAGUUCGAUGUCAUCCAUGGACCCCCUAUAAUUCCAGUAUACAGUAUUUUCAAUAGACCUUGUUUGAGGACUACAUCUGUGCCUUUGAACUGAACUAUGAUGAAUUCAGUACAAGGCAUUCUGCUUAAUUUUAGGAUAAGCAUCUAAUUUUGUCUGUAAUUAAGCUUCCUGACCUUAGAUUAUAGGUCAUUAUUGGACACGUAGAGUCUUUGUGCCUUUCCAAAGAGAUCAGAAUGGCGAAGUGGUUAAAGGACUAUUUAAGUUUUGGGAGCAAACGAGUUCCCCCGCAACCUCCGAAGCCUGAUUACACUGAGAGUGAGAUCUUGAAGGCGUAUCGUGCCCAGAAGAAUCUAGACUUUGAAGACCCGUAUGAAGACUUUGAGAACAGAGGUAGAAAUGACAACGGGUCGAAUGAAGUGUCUCACACAGGCUUCGGUUCCCCCAUGAAAUCCUCAAGUUUGGAUAUCAAAGUUGUUUCGCCGAAGCAUCGACUCAUAAAGGUGGAUUCGCAAGACCUGGGACGGAGUAAGAUUCUCCUGAGCUCUGUGUCUUUAGAGGAAUCGACAGAUCCGGUUGUUCCAUCAGCUCCAGUUAUGGGUGAUACUGACUACUCUGACCCAUUUGAUGUUCGUUUGGACCCACGUCCCGAAUCCGCUCAGGGCUCGAUCACUCCUGAGAACAAUGGCUACAUGGAGCCCUAUGAGGCCCAGAAAGUGAUAACAGAGCUGCAGAGGAGAGCAGGUGGUGGAGCAGGAGGGUGGGGAAGAGGGGAAGUCCAGCUCUAUGACACCCCGUAUGAGGAACGCGUCCCAGGACAGCCGGAUCUGCCUGAGGAGGGCAGGGAGAGCAGGCUGCCUCAGGAUGAUGAUAGGCCGGCAGAUGAAUAUGACCAGCCAUGGGAGUGGAAGAAGGAGCACAUCUCCAAAGCUUUCGCAGAUAUGAAAGAUCUGAGCGAGCUGCCAUGGCCUCCUCCGGUCGGGCAGCUGGAGGAGGAGCCCAUCUGUGGCGAGCAAGUGCAGUUUGAGGGUGCCGAGUGGGAUCGUUCCUGUUCUCCCACUGAACGCCUGAGGUGCCCCAGGGCUCCACCGACCACAGGCAGCAUGAAGCUCCGCAAGCCCAGCGAUCCUCAUUCCAUGAUUGGGGAGAGAGUGGAUCCCUCCCUGCCCCUGGAGAAACAAGUAUGGUAUCAUGGCUCCCUAUCUCGCUCGGAGGCCGAGUCUCUGUUGACCCUCUGUAAGGAGUGCAGUUAUUUGGUGCGAAACAGCGAGACCAGUCGUCUGGACUAUUCGCUCUCGCUGAGGAGCUGCCAGGGUUUCAUGCAUAUGAAGUUCAGCCAGUGCAAAGACGGCCGCUAUAUCCUUGGCCAGAACAGCCCUCCAUUUGAGACCAUUCCUGAAGUGAUUCACUAUUACACCACACACAAACUCCCCAUCAAAGGAGCCGAACACUUGUCCCUGCUAUUCCCUGUGUUGGUUCAGACUCUCUGAUUGGUCAAGAGCACUGCAGUCCUUAUCACCAUUGGUGAAAGUCAUUCUUGGAUAAACAUUCAACAAAUUCAGCAUCUACUUUUGGGUCCUACUUGUUUUUGAUUGUAAAACGGCAUCUGGCUGAGGAUGUCAACCUUUUAGAAUGGACAUGUCAGAUCAAGUUACAGUUUGAUCUGUUCACGUUGAAUUUCACAUUCUUGUUAAUAACACUUUUUCCAUUUCACCAAACGACCUUUCUGUGAACCGUACCAGACCUGGUGGCAGCCAGACCUGUUGCUUGUCUUCAGUCAUCUGCCUGUGUUGUUCUCCAUUGGGAUGGUAGAUUAGCCGUCGCUAAUGUUUAUUGAUCGAUUAGCAGCCCCUUAGUAUGAGCAGACGGGUCUCCUCUCUUUUAUAGCUGCUGUAAAACACAUUUUCACUCAGACGUUUAUGACUAUUAUCCUCUCUUUUAAAUUUGUAAAGCCUUUUGGUUCUACGGAGACCCUUGAGACGACACAUGAAUGUUGUUUGGUUCACUUAAGACAGUAGUCCUCAGAAAAUCAUGUUAAUACUUGUGUUGUUGUUUGACCUUACCUUUUAAUGUUGAGGAGAGUAGCUGAAACCAGCUCAAAAUGUGAGUGUUGACUUAUGAUCACAUGCAGAGUUGUUCUUCUAACUGGUACGUUAGGUCACAGAGAGAGGGUAAGAGGCUGAAAAUGUGUUUCUUUAGCUGCUGUUUUAAACUGAUGUUGUAUAAUAAACUAUCUUGAGAGAGAGAA